AUGGCCGCUUCUCCCACCCCCUCGCUGGACUCGCUCCCCGGGGCCUCGAACUCGAUCGGUUCGUUCGGCGAACCGGCCGACUAUCUGUCGGACUCGCCACUGACGACGCUGAGCGGUGGCUCGGGCACCACUUCCGGUUCGUCGCCGCCGGCGAGCGAUUCGGCCAUCUGCGAUGACUUUGCCACCUCGUCCAGCCUCGAGUCGGCCCAGUCCAACAACGGCUCGUCGGAGUCGCUCUUCCCGCGCUGCACCGGCUGCAAGAGCAAACAGUCGGAUGCGGUCGCCAAGUGCAUCGAUUGCGUCAACUUCCUGUGUGCCAACUGCGUCACGGCGCACCAGUUCAUGCACUGCUUCGACGGCCACUCGGUGUACCGGAUCGCGGGCACCGGCGGCGGCACGAUCGGUUCGAUCGGUUCGAUCGCCCCACCGGCCACCUCUUCGCUCGGAACAGGGACCACACUGACGCUCACGCCCACACUGGGUGGACUGCUCGGUGGUGGUGUCGGCGGCGUGCUGGACGCACCACCCGGUCUGCUGGUGGGUGGCAAGGCACCGGGCGGCGGUUUCGAGGCGGCCCAUCCGCGCCUCAGCUCGCUCAACCUGACGAUCAAGGACGACGCCUGCAGUCUGGUGAAAUCGAUGAUGAACAACGUGAUAACGCCCCCGACCUCCAACGGUACCGGGGCCGGAACGAACGGCAGCAGUAUCGGGGGCAGCAACAGCAGUCUGGUGAGCAGCACGACGUUCACCAACGGUGCCGGCGGCGGCGGCGGAGGCCUCAGCAACGGUUCGUCGGCGGAUCUGCUCAUCUCGAACGGCCUCGUCGGUGGCCUGAUCGGUGGUGGACUGAUCGGUGGCGGCCUUGGCGGACUGCUAGGAAGCAACGGCGGCGGUGGCGUUGGCGGCGCUGGUGGCGUUGGCGGCAACAAGCCCAACUACUUCUGCAAGCGGCACCCGAGCGAGCUGCUCAAGUUCUUCUGCCGCACGUGCAGCGUGCCGGUGUGCAAGGACUGCAUGCUGAUCGAGCACCCGAGCGGGGUGCACGAGUGUGAGCACAACAGCGACACGACGCCGAAGCAGAUCGAGAGCCUGCUGCACACGGUGUCGGAGGUGCGCAGCAAGGCGCAGGAGCUGCGCUCGCUGAUCAAGAACGUGGAGCACAACAACCAGCGGAUCCAGGUGCAGUACCACAAGGCGCAGAACGAGAUCAACGACACGCACCAGUUCUACCGGUCGAUGGUGGACGAGCGCAAGGCGGAGCUGCUGAAGGAGCUGGAGAACUUCUACAACGCCAAGACGAUGUCGCAGUCGGUGCUGCUCAACCGCAGCCAGGACCAGGUGGACAAGGUGCUGCAGAGCUGCGAGUUCGUCGAGCGGCUGACCAAGUGCGCCGGCCCCUCCGAGACGGUGAUGCUGCGCAAGUUCAUGGACAACAAGAUGCUGCUGUUCCCCGCGAUCACGCACGAUCUGCAGGCCUCGUACGAGCUCGAGUUCGUCUCCAACUAUCAGGCCAUCCAGAUCGGGGUGCGCAACACGUACGGCUACAUCCGCUCGAACUCGGACCUCACGAGCACCGCCACGAAGCAGCCCCCGAUUGCGCGGCCCACCUCGACCACCAACUCCGGGUCGCUGAUGCUGACCAAUGGCGCUGGCGGUGUUCGCAGCGUCAGCCCGUCCAACAGCAGCACCGGAAGUCUGAAUCUGAUGCACUCCUCGAACGGCGGUGGUGGCGCUGGCUCGCUGUUGCUCAACGGUGCCGGCGGUGGUUCGCAUCUGCUCGAUCACCAUCACCACCAUUCCGGGCAUCAUCAUCAGGCGCAUCAUCACCAGCAGCAGCAGCAUCAGCAGCAGCAGCAACAGCAUCAGCAACAGCACCAGCAUCAGCGUGCGUUCGGUGUGAACGGCCACGGCAACGGAUUGUCGACGUCCCCCCUGUCCGGGGGAGGCCUGUGUCUGGGGGGAGCCAACGGAGCCGGAAGCGCGUUCGAUACGAACCUCAUCUCGAAGCGCUUCAACAGUGCCAACAGCCUGGGACCGUUUGUCGGUGAACCGGGCGGGCUGGGCCAAACGCUGACCGGCGGCUCCGGCAAUCCGUACGAAAAGUGGAGCAACGGAGGAACGGGUGGUGGCGGCGGUGGAGGCACUGGUGCCGAUCUGUUUGGCACCCUCGGCGAUCAGUACACGAUCCCGCUGAAUCCGAUCGGUGGCGGCGGCGGUGGUGGUGGUGGCGGCGGCGGCGGCGGCGGCGGCGGUGGCAACGGCAACAGCAACAGCAACGGCGGCAACGGUGGGCAGCAGGAUUCCGGUGUGUCGGCGGCGGCGGCCGCGGCUGCCAUGAUCGACCUGUCGGCCAAGCUGAUGUCGACGAGUAUGUUCCCGCCGAAGAGCCAAAUCAAGCGCCAGAAGAUGAUCUACCACUGCAAGUUCGGUGAGUUCGGCGUGAUGGAGGGCCAGUUCACCGAGCCCAGCGGGGUGGCGGUGAACGCACAGAACGACAUCAUCGUGGCGGACACGAACAACCACCGGAUCCAGAUCUUCGACAAGGAGGGCCGCUUCAAGUUCCAGUUCGGCGAGUGCGGGAAGCGCGACGGGCAGCUGCUGUACCCGAACCGGGUGGCGGUGGUGCGCACGUCGGGCGACAUCAUCGUGACCGAGCGGUCGCCGACGCACCAGAUCCAGAUCUACAACCAGUACGGCCAGUUCGUGCGCAAGUUCGGCGCCAACAUCCUGCAGCAUCCGCGCGGCGUCACGGUCGACAGCAAGGGGCGCAUCGUGGUGGUCGAGUGCAAGGUGAUGCGCGUCAUCAUCUUCGACCAGUCGGGCAACGUGCUGCAGAAGUUCGGCUGCAGCAAGCACCUCGAGUUCCCGAACGGGGUGGUCGUGAAUGACAAGCAGGAGAUCUUCAUCAGCGACAAUCGGGCGCACUGCGUCAAGGUGUUCAACUACGAGGGCCAGUUCCUGCGGCAGAUCGGGGGCGAGGGCGUCACCAACUACCCGAUCGGGGUGGGCAUCAACGCGGCCGGCGAGAUCCUGAUUGCGGACAAUCACAACAACUUCAACCUGACCAUCUUCACCCAGGACGGGCAGCUGGUGUCGGCGCUCGAGAGCAAGGUCAAGCACGCCCAGUGCUUCGACGUGGCCCUCAUGGACGACGGCAGUGUGGUGCUGGCGAGCAAGGAUUACCGGCUGUACAUCUACCGCUACGUGCAGGUGCCCCCGAUCGGACUGUAA